GUGAGCGCUGGGAGCCUGCGAGAAGGCCUUCCAUUCCCCCGAGAUGCAAAGGGGAUCAAGCGAACUAGGGUUUUAGGCUCUCCAGAGGAAUGAUGGCCUCCAAAACCCUAGCUCGGGCCGGAGCUUCCCUCACCAAUCGCCUCCGCCUCUCCAAUCCAUUCCAACCCUCGAAGCCGAGCAGUUCGUUAAUCCUGCCUCACAUCUCUUCCAAUCCCUCGGCGCAGUCUUUUCCGGCGAAGUUUCAGCUCCAUUGGCCUCCUCCAGUGGAGGGAGGAGACGCUGAAGCCCUAAAAAUAUUGGCUUCUUCUGAAGGGAUUUCCUUUCCCUUCGGGCUCCCUGCGCUUCGCUUCUUCAUAGAAGAUGGAAAUGAUGCUUUGGUUAAUGAGCCUCUACUCCUACUUCCAAAAAGAACUUACCAGCCAAGCCACAUCAAGCGCAAGAGAACUCAUGGUUUCCUUGCACGUAAAUCGACAAGAGGUGGGCAAAAGGUUAUUGCUCGGAGGUUGGCUAAAGGUAGAGCAAGAAUCACUGUAUAACAUCAAAUCCCUACCAAAUCUGAUAGUUUUUUCAGAAGUGCAAUAUCCCUGUGAAACAUUGGAUGGUUGUGAUUUAUGAUAUAACUUUAGUUUUUUAAUUCCUAGCAAUUGCAAUCGAGUAACAAUAAUUUACUGCAGUAAUGGAAGCAAUGCGUUCUUUAACAAAGAAUGGAUUUUCCUGGC